AUGUCCGACGGCGAGUCUUCAUCAGACUAUGAGCAGGAUUGGGACAACCUGGAGCGCGACUCCAUGCGAGCGCUGGAGGCGCGCUUGGCGCAACUGGACGACGCCGGCCAGGCAGAUCUGCAGCAGAGGGGCGCAGCCAGCGCGGCUGCAGCGAGCAGCACGGAUGUUGCAUCUGAGGAUAGAGUCCUGGGAGCAGCUGAACAAGGCUUCGUGCCUGGCCCGCACGACGACCUCAGGCAGAUGCGUGAUGCAGUUCUGAGCGAGCCAUAUCGGCCUGAGGACCACGUGCUGACUCAGGAGGAGAUGUGGGCUGGCUUCUCUUCCGAGGAGGAAGCGGUUGAAGCGCCGCUGGUCAUGGAAGUUCCAGCUGCCACCAAUAAGGGGCCCUUGGAAGCCGCCUCCACGAUGCCAGAGCAGCCGCAGAAGCGACAGGCGGUGCUCGAGAUGUCGCAGCCAUCCCAACCCAGUUCGCAGGCUUUCGAUGCUUCACAGUUAGUCGAUGCUGGUCGGCUUCUUGAGAAUGCCUGUCUUCAGGAGCCGUACCGUCCGGAAGAUCACGAGCUUACGGCCGAAGAAUUCUGGGGAGGUACAAGCGACUCCUCUCAAGAAAGGCAGUCGGUUGCAGCACUUCCCGCAAAGACUACCGGGAAGCUGCAGCAAGCACCGCUUGCGGAAGCGGGUAGACCCUCAGAAGCCGUGCGGCUGGAACGCCUGCUGUCGGCCGCGGCAGCCCCAACGGUACUGGCAGACUUGAGUUUUGCUGAGCUCGGGGAGGUGGCGCGCGAUUGCCUACAGGCAGCCGAGACUCUGCAAUGGGUCCUGAAACGACA